AUGUCUCCAUCUCCCCAUGGUUUCAAGGUCAACACAACGACCAGCACAAAUCCAGGAACUAAAUAUCAAGAUUCUGGAGCUCUCACGACGCUUGAACUUUUCAAGGCCGUGAAUGCACAAUUUCCAAUGACAAUCAAACCAGAGACUUCUGCGAAAAUGAGUCCCUUUGGUUUCAAGGUCAGCCCAACCACCAGCACAACUCCAGAAAGUGAAUAUCAAGACUCUGGAGCUCUAACCACGCUUGAACUUUUCAACGCGGUAAAUGCACAAUGCCAAAUGACAAGCAAACCAGAGACUUCUGCGAAAAUGUCUCCCUUUGGUUUCAAGGUCAACACAACCACCAGCACAACUCCAAGAAGUGAAUAUCAAGAUUCUGGAGCUCUCACCACGCUUGAACUUUUCAACGCGGUAAAUGCACAAUGCCAAAUGUUGAACAACUCAGAGACCUCUCGCGAAAUCGCGCCAAAUCCUCACGGUUUCAAGGUGACAACCUCAAGCACCACUCCACGAACUGGAUAUCAAGAUUCCGGAGCUCUCAGCACGCUUCAACUUUUCAACGCGGUAAAUGCGCAAUGCCAAAUUGCAUCCAAUGCGUCCAGAAAACGUUUAAGAAGAGCUGAAAAGAAUAAGAAGCUCACGGUUCAAGCGCCAACAAGAUUUAGCGAUGGUUCAGAGAUAUUUUUCUUCAUGGAACUGUUCCACCUGAUUCGUCAGGGAUUUGAAAGAAGUGAUCCGAACCCAUAA